AGUCUUUCAUUUCACGAAGUUGCCUCCAAAUUGUCGUCACAUUUACAUCUAGUAGAGAUGCAUACUUCGUGGUUUUCAUACUCAAUCACAAAACCGUACCCAUUCCGAUGGUUCACUCCAGUGACGAUAGUGGUUGGCGUCAUUCUGACUGUCAUCUUUACACUGGUGAAUCUGGCAUCUAGUGGUUUCUACAUGAAAACCAUUUACACUGAUGAUCCCAAUGGUACCAUGGCAUCAGAGACUUUCUGGUACAUGAAAGAGCCGUUCAACUGGGAGGCCGAUGUGGCUGUGAAAUGUCAACCAAAAAUCCUAUCAGUCGGAGAUCGCUUCUUUACCUCUAAUCUGGGCCUCCAAUAUGAGAUCAAAUCCAUCACACGCUCAACAGAUGGCUCCACAAGACCGACUUCCCUCCCUUCUGUCCCUUACUUGAAUAACACACUCGAGGGUUGCUACCUGACCCAAUCGGUACUCAACUUGCAAAAAGCGGACAGCGCUAUAAGGGCUACGUGGUGGCUUUCAUGGAUAACUUCAACUGCAGUUGCCACCGCAUUCUGUACCAUCAUGUCCGAACAGGGAGCCGUCAAUCUGACUCUUGGCGUGCAAUAUGCCGGAGAAACUGAUCAUAUCUAUGAUUAUGUUAUCGAAGACAACUACACCACACAUGCCAGCACAUGGUGGGGAACGAGGUUGACCAAUGCCUAUCUGGCAGGAGUUUUGGCCACCAUGUCCCAGAUUGUCUACUCCGAGGACAGUUAUCUAGCGCAUGGAGCCAUCACAUACACUAGGAAUGAAACCCAAAAUAACAUUCGUUCCUCCGAAUUUUUCGAAGUAACCAAGUGGUUUAUUACAUCAGAUGGCUUUAUCGAUCAGUCAGAGGGCGCGGUUGAUUCUGCUAUGACCGAAGGGCUUCAUCACGCUAGACUCUUGCACUCUCUUGUGUCGAUGGAUUUGGGUAGUUGCGAAGCACCGAACAUCCUACUAGACAACAAGAGCCUCCGCUAUGCCAUCUCAGCGCCAGACGAUGACAAUCGACAGAAGGGAGGCGUUUUAUACGGCGAAGCAUCAGACAUGGGUGCGCCUCAGCGCUUCACCAGCAUUCCCGCUCCUACCCGUGACGCCAACUUGACACUUCUCAACGAGACAUUCAGCGAAUUCACGCCACUUAUGGGAGACCUCGGAUGCAACAAUGUCACCAUUGUCUCUCAGUACCUUUGCCAAGUCCCGCAAAAGAAGAGCACCGGAACUAUGCUGCUGGCAAUUGUGCUGGCAGACUUGGUUUUUCUACAGGCGGCGUGGAAGCUCCUGAAUCUUAUUGCUGAAGGCAUGCUGCCUAAGAAAGACCCUCUUGUCAACAUUUGCGAAGGUUGUUCCGGUACACUCUAUCAGGAACUCCGGUCAGGGAACGUCAAUAGAGAUGUGGUGGAUAAGAGAGUCAGUGGCACGGAUGAAAGUAUGGUAACACUCAUAAGCAGGUAGCUAUAAAUACA